GAGAGCUUUUGUACAAAGCAGUGGAGUCAACGGUUGACUGUAAAGAGGAUAACCAGAAAGAGAUGAGGAGGCAGAAAGGAAUCUGACAAAGAAAACAUUGCAGCUGUUUAAAAGAGAACUGGAAAAGCUUGUGUGCAACAGGGAGAGCAAAACACCGAUAUCUCUGUCAUCUUCUAGUUCAAGGGAGUCAAUGGAUCUGGCGUGGUUCAUAAUUAUUGGCAUGUGUGCCAUGAACGCCAUUGCCUCUGCGUGUCCACAGAACUGCCAGUGUAGGACAAGCAAAAUCCUUUGCCAAGGCUUUAUAAUAAAAGAAUUUCCACCCUCCAUCCCACCAACCACCGAAACCCUCUUAAUCUCCAACACCAGCAUAGAAUCAUUAAAACCAGCUGAUUUUGAGGCUUUCGCAGAGACCCUCACUAUGUUUGUAGCCAAGGAUUCAAGAAUAGCUGUGGUGGAACCUCAUACAUUUGACCAAACCAGAAAUCUCAUUGCCUUAGGUUUCAGUGGGACAAUGCUAACCUCCCUGCCACAGGAUCUGUUUCAAAAUCUAAAAGCAUUAUCAACUCUAACACUGAGUAACAACAAACUAGAAGUUCUCCAACCAUCUCUUCUAACCCCUCUUGUAGAUUUGAAAAAAUUAGACCUAAGCAGAAACCUUCUAACCACUCUGCCAGAAGAUGCUUUUCGGGGUUUAGAAAAGCUGGGACAGCUCAUGUUGCAGAGAAACGCAAUCAGAAAGCUUUACAACAAUACUUUUCAAGGACUCAAUCAUCUCAAAUUCUUGUAUCUGCAGCAAAAUCAUUUAACAGAUAUACCAGUAGGCAUCUUUGAUGACCUGGGAAACCUUGAGAUAUUGCAUCUUCAAGAAAAUAAAAUCACACAGCUACCAGCAAAUCUCUUCUCAAACUUGCCAAUGCUGAAGAAACUCUACCUCUCCAACAACAGGUUAUCGUUGCUUCCCAGUGCAAUCUUUUUGAAUCUUCCCAACCUUACUCAUAUUUCACUGUAUGAGAACCAACUCAGUAGGUUAAUGCCUGGGACCUUUGGUCAAAUGGCCCUCCAGGAGCUCUGGCUAUACGACAACAUGUUAACUCACAUCGAGGAGAAUGUGUUUAGCAACUUAACUGAGAUUCGCCUUUUGGUGCUUAGUAGGAACCGCAUUCAGCACAUCUCUCUAGGUGCUUUCAAUGGCUUGAUGGAAGUAGAGGAGAUCUCGCUUCACACUAACCGACUCACCAGUAUUGAGGUGGGGACAUUUAAAGGUCUUCCAAAGUUAGCUAACAUAUCUAUAGAGAACAAUCAAAUACAGCACAUACCCAUAAAACUCUUGGAUGGUGUGUCCCAUUUAUAUCUCCUGGAGCUUCAAAACAAUUCCCUAUCAAACUUGCCGAAACAAUUUCUAGACUCUUUGUCCAUAGUUGAUAAUAUUAUGGUUCAUCAAAAUCCCUGGAUGUGUGACCAUGACAUAACACCUUUUCGGGAUUGGCUUGGACAGUAUCCAGAGAAAGUGAAGAACCUUACUUCUCUGACGUGCUAUGCUCCUCCGGCCCUGAAUGGUAGAAGUAUAAGAGAGCUGAAGGAGGAUGACGUCAUGGUCAGCCAAACAGCAACUGCGACAACGGUUGAUAUUUCACCAGAAAGUACACAGGCAGACAGUGAACCUACAGAAAGACAUGUACCGCACACUUCCCCGACCAAAACAUCAGACUCUACAACAGUCUCAAAGGAGAUAGAGGACACAAGUGAAGGUAAUGCUGUUGGUCAAGGUCUGUCCAAAGACAAACUCAUUAUCAUUCUAGCCAUUGUCUGUACUGCUGUCAUUUUUGGUAUCAUUGCCUGUGUGUUAUGGAGGAGGAAUAAGCGAGGAAGUCAAGACUUGGACCGUCAAAGAAAAAGAAAAACAAACUCAGUUAUCUAAAAAUUUCUAUUAAUUUGUCAUUUUACAGUCUUCAAUGGUUUUAUGAAGAACAUUCUUUUUUUUAUUUGGCAAAUUAAUUUUAACAAAGGUUUGUUAUGGAUAUUUUCUUUAUUUCUUUCUUAGUUGUUGAUGUAUAAUGCAAUUAAAAAAGGAAAAUCAUUGCUAAUUAGAUAUGAUUUGAAUGUUGUCACAUAUGAAGAAAUGUACUGUAUUUUCCUUUCUUGUCACUGUCAAUGGUUAUACACUUCUGCCGUUCUGUGUUAAACAUGUUUUUCUUCAUACCAAAGCCACUUUUAUAUAGUAAGCAAGACCUUCUAUAUUAAAAAUAAAACAUGAACCAUCA